AUGAAGACUACCAUUCUACUGUUUUGUCUUCUGGGAUCAACUCAGUCAUUACCACAGCUCAAACCUGCUUUGGGACUCCCUCCCACAAAGCUGGCUCCGGAUCAGGCAACACUACUAAACCAACAGCAGUCAAAUCAGGUCUUCCCUUCUUUAAGUCUGAUACCAUUAACACAGGUGCUUACACUGGGGCAAGAUCUGCAACUGUUAAAUCCUGCUGCAGGAAUGACACCUGGUGCCCAGACACACCCAUUGACCCUGGGAGGGUUGAAUGUACAACAGCAACUGCAACCACAUAUGUUACCAAUUUUUGUCACACACCUUGGAGCCCAGGGCACUAUCCUAAGCUCAGAGGAAUUGCCAUUGGCCCCACAAAUCUUCACAGGCCUUAUCAUCCAUUCCUUGUUCCCGGGAAGCAUUCUGCCCACCAGUCAGGCAGGGGCUAAUCCAAAUGUCCAGGAUGGAAGGCUUCCAGCAGGACAAGCAGGUGUAAAUCCUGCCAUCCAGGGAACCCCAGCAGGCCACUUCCCAACUCCCAGUAGCACAGAUGAUGACUUUGCAAUGACCACCCCUGCAGGCAUCCAAAGGAGCACGCAUGCUGUGGAGGAAACCACCACAGAAUCAUCAAAUGGAAUUCAGUAAGCUGUUUCAAAUUUUUUCAACUAAGCUGCCUCAAAUUUGCUGACACACGCGAAUCUUUACCAAUGAUUAUAUUAUGGAAUAGAUUGAGACUUAGAAGAAAUUAAUUCUUAAUUUACCUGAAAAUAUUUUUGAAAUUUCAGAAAAUUUAUUCUAUGUAGAGAAUCUCAACUUUUAAAAGCAAUAAUUACAUGGAAAAUUUGUCUUUGAAAUAUAACAUUAUGCUACCUGGAUGAUACACAGAUUAAAACAUAUUUGGAACACUGA